AGAAACAAUUAUUAUGGUUAUCAAUUAAAAAGAAAAAGAAAAGAAGUGGAAGGUGGGUGAAGCAAAGUAGGCACUUUCGGCUGCAUCCAUCCACAGUCACAUAUACUAUUUCCCACUAUUAUUCUUUUUCUUGGCUCUUCUUCUUCCUCCUUAAUUGACCACAAAUACUAUAACUCUUUCAUUUCAUUUCAAUUUCUCCUUCUAAUUUCAUUUCACACACAAAAACACUCAUUGAACAUAACCUAGUUAGUUAACAUCAAAAUAUACAACAACAAUGUUGUUUAAAUUUGUAACAGGUCCUAGGAAGAAAAAACCAGGCACCGUCCCUGUUUAUCUUAACGUCUAUGAUCUCACACCAAUUAAUGGUUAUGCUUAUUGGCUUGGUCUUGGUGUCUACCAUUCAGGAGUUCAAGUUCAUGAUGUUGAAUAUGGUUUUGGAGCACAUGAGAAUGACACAACGGGGAUUUUUGAAGUGCAACCCAAGAACUGUCCUGGGUUUACUUUCAGAAAAUCGAUUUUUAUUGGUACAACGGAUCUGGGUACAAAUGAUAUUCGGGUAUUCAUGGAGAAACUAGCUCAAGAGUACUCUGGAAAUUCGUAUCAUCUUAUUUCCAAAAAUUGCAACCAUUUUUGUCAUGAUGUUUGUUACAAAUUAACUGGAAAGUCUAUUCCUCGAUGGGUGAAUCGACUUGCGAGACUUGGUUUAUUCUGCAAUUGCGUUCUUCCCCCUGGCUUAAAUGAAACAAAGGUUAGGCAAGAUACAUCCGACAAGGUUGAAGAAAAAGAAAAGAGGAAAAUCAGAAGUCAGUCCAGCAGGUGCGAUGCUUCCUCUAAUCCUCAAGGUUCAUCAAGACAUUGCUUUCCUCGAUCAUCUUUAAUCAAAGCUUUAUCAACCACAACAUUAACAGUAAAGUAAAACUUUGACAUGAGUCAGCCUCUAAAAUAGUGUUUGAGUAUCGUAUAAGCAACCUAAGAUGAUUCAGGGCAGAAAGUUGUUUAUUUGCUCAAUCUUUCUGUUUUAUUGUAUAUGUUUCAUAGAAUUGCAAUAGCUACUAUGGAAUGGUUGCUUUUUUUUUGUCUAUGUUCUUUUUUUAAGAUACUUUCUUUCUUUUAUGAAUGGGAAGUUUCUUUGUUUCUACAUACUUGGACUGUGUUUUGUUCAUUCUGGAAUGAACUACUUUACUUGAUGUAGCAAUUAAUUAUGUUUUUGUUGUGUAGAGCAGUGUACCUUUACUGGGAAAUGGAAAUACAAGAAAUAUUAUGAGUUGAUGAAAA